CACGUGGCGCUGUGGAAGUUGCUAGGUCCUCCAGCGAUAGAAAGGAUACAAUCCCUGGACGUUGAAUUGCUGUUAUUCACGAAAACGUGACCUGUUACGUAAAUUUGCCAAGGGUAGAAAUUGGCCCCACUACUGGACGUCGGAGGAACGACUCGUAUCUUUAUCUUCCAGCUGGUGGUUUGGUGCAUAUUUUUUACAAGACGUCAACACUCAGCCGAGCUUUAGUGUCGAGUGUUGCCGAACGGCGUCGAGCUGAAGACGGAAAAAAGUUUCAGCACAGGAGAGAACGUGAAAAGACCCAAACUAUGGCUGCAGUGCAUUCCCCGGUGUACACUCUCAGGGACUCGCUCCACUGGGAUGAAACGGAGUGCCUAAACUACUAUGGGAUGUUGUCUCUCCAUGAGAUCUUUGAAGUAGUUGGGUCUCAGCUAACAGAGAUGGACAUUGAAGUUCUAUCUUUCCUUCUGAAUGAAACCUACUCUGCACCACACCCUCUUGAUCCAACAGGCUGGACAGUUGAACCUGUUGAAGAUAAUCCAGAGGACUCAGGCAUGGCACCUAGUCCACAACUGCUGAAAAUGUGGAGGCGGAUAAAGCCUAAGGGAUCCCAGCCCCCAUUAGUGGACACAAAACUUAAGAGUGGUCUUGAGCUGUUACUAGAGCUUGAGAGAAGAGGAUACUUCAGUGAUGGUAACCUGGAGCCACUGCUUCAACUACUAAGAGUUCUUACCCGUCACGACCUGCUGCCUUUAGUGUCCUGCAAAAGAAGGAGAACAGUGUCUCCAGAAAGAAUUGGACAUAGGUAUGAGGUAGAUAACUCAGAGUUGGUGUUUGGACUACAACAUACUUGCAGAUCAACAGAAAUGCCACUUCCAUCUUUCACACAACAAUUAACAACUGAUAUUUCCUCUCCUGUGGCUGAUUCAUCUACUAGGAGGCAAAGAAAGAGGAGGGGAAAUGGUUGGAGCCGUAGGCCCAAGAAAACUAACAGACAUAUCCAGCCACUGCCUCUGCCGCCAGCACAUAGAGUGUCAUGUGAUAUCCGCCUUCGUGUCCGGGCGGAGUACCUGGAGCAUGAGUCCGCGCUACGUGACGGCGUCUCCUCGGACAAGCGGCAGCCGCUGGAGCGACAGUUCGAGCUGUUCAGCCGAGCCAGCUCGCUGCUGCGUGCCAGAGAUCUGGGCUCCAUUGUGUGCGACAUCAAGUUCACAGAGCUGGACAACCUCGAGGCCUUCUGGGGUGACUACCUGAGCGGAGCUCUUUUGGAGGCCCUAAAGGGGGUUUUCAUCACAGACUCGCUGAGGAUGGCUGCAGGCUCGGAGGGUGUCCGCCUUCUGAUCAGCGUGGACCAAGAUGACUACGAGGAGGGCCGGAGGCUGCUGAGAGCCAGCAAAUUUAUGUUCUCCGGUCAUGGUGGGCGCAUAGAGACUCGCUAGACUUUGAGCCAAAAUAAUCUUUUUGUUGUAAUAUAGUAAGGUUAAAGAAAACCGUAGCCUGGGCUGUAACUGAAGGUCGAAGGUUUCAGGUGGAAUUUACAAGCACUUUCAGGCCUUUUUUGUAAUUCAUGCAAUAACCACUAGAUGGCAGAAGUUCCCAUCUGCGGUUUGUGUUCAAGUUGGAAUAUUAAUAUUUAUUCUAAAAGAUGAUUAUUUACAGAUUUUUUUUUUAAUUUUGAUUUAUGCACAGCUGCCUAUUUGUAAAAGACCAGGAUGAAACUGGAUAAAUCAAAAUUUUCUUCUUUGUCUCAGAACAGGAACAAGCAGGCUUGUGCCUCCUGAUCAAGUGGUAAGCUCGUGACACUUUGUUUCUAGAUAAAUUGAAGGCACAGGAUAAUUAAAAAAAUAUAUAUCAACAAAAACAAGUGACGUUGACUUUAGUUGUACGAAUUCUUAUUAAACGUGUUUAUUCUCCUUAUUUGUGCCGAGAUUAAUAUGGUGCCUCCAUUGUCAAGUGCAACCAAACAAAACGUUUCAUUGUUCUUUUGAUUUAAAUGAAAUCCCUGAAGUCUUGUGUACGGAGAAAAUUGCCUUUUAAAAAACUGAAAGUAAAUAAAGCAAACAAAAAAAAAAAAA